CUAUAUAUAUCAAACUCCCUCACUAUUCCUUCUCUGCUCUACAUUGUUUAUGUGUCUCUUUCUAUAAUAAGCCUCACCUUUUUCGCUCUCUCACGCACACACUGGUCUAUAUAUAGAUAUAUAUAAAUUACCCUCCCUUGAUCACUUCGUACAUAUCUCAAUUCGCCUUUCAAUUUCUUGCUCUGUUUUAUCAUGGAAGCUCGGGAGGAAUUUAUUGGCUCUAACGAUCACACACACCAGAUCGUGAAACGCAAGCGCACCAAGCGCCAGAGGUCUUCGUCUCCGAUUGGUGUCAACGCGGUGACUUCUAGCUCAUCCAGUGGUGGUGGCGGAGGUGGUGCGGUUGUGGAGGAUUAUGGUUCGAUUACAUCGCCGAGAACGUCGAGUGACAUUUAUGAGAGUACAGAGGAGGAGGAAGACAUGGCGAAUUGCCUAAUUAUGCUCGCUCAAGGUGAUUUUCGUCCGAGGAAAGCUGUUAAAGACGAUAAAAUUCGAAAGGAGAAAUUUAGUGCUAGAAAAUUCGCGGAGAACAAGGCCGGAUUCUAUGUCUAUGAGUGCAAAACUUGUAAUCGUACUUUUCCUUCAUUUCAAGCACUUGGCGGUCACAGGGCGAGUCACAAGAAACCAAAGCCGAUGGUGAUGGAAGAGAAAAAAGAGUCUCUAAUGGCGUUACCUGCGGUUCAAGAAACCGAUGAAGAAUCGCAAUUCAACAAAAUUACUCCGACUGGUAUUUUAUUCCAGACUCCCAAUAAGGUUUUUCAUGGCAAUAAGGGGAAGAUUCAUGAGUGUUCGAUUUGUGGUUCGGAGUUCACAUCGGGACAAGCACUUGGUGGGCAUAUGAGGCGGCACAGAGCCAACACAAGCAACAGCAAUAACACUAUCGAUGAGCCAAUUGAGGUUAAGGCGCCGGCCAGAAAUAUCUUGUCACUGGAUCUAAAUCUUCCGGCACCGGAAGAUGAUCAUCAUCACAGUACCAUUGAAUCAAAGUUUCAGUUCACGACGUCAACGCAACAACCUCUAGUGUUCUCUGCCCCGGCUUUGGUGGACUGCCAUUAUUGAAAACAAGAGGAAAAAGAAAAUUCAACAAAAUCCAUGUGAAUUAUUAUUAUUAUUAUUCAAAUUUUAUUAAAGAAAUCAUGAAUUAAUUCUUUCAAGUCUUUUAUUUAUUUUGGUGUGUGAAUACUUUGAGUAAGUAAGUGGUUAGUGUUCAUGGUUGCCUUUCAUUCACGAAAAGUAAGUGAUGGUAGCAUAUUCCUUAAUUUUUUUGUGUGCGUGACUGUUUGUUUUUUAUUGAAUU